CUUAAUCCCUCCCUCCCUCCCUCCGCUGUCCCCGCCUCCCGCUACCGUCAGCCUCGGUCUCCCCUCGCGCCGGGGAUCUCUGUGUCAAAGCCGCCCCCUCAGCAAGAUGCCCCCAAAAAAGGGAGGUGAUGGAAUUAAGCCACAUCCAAUCAUUGGAAGGUUUGGGACUUCAUUGAAAAUUGGUAUUGUUGGAUUACCAAAUGUUGGGAAAUCUACAUUCUUCAACGUUCUAACAAAGAGCCAGGCAGCAGCAGAAAACUUCCCAUUCUGCACUAUUGAUCCUAAUGAGAGUCGAGUACCUGUACCAGAUGAUAGAUUUGAUUUUUUGUGCCAAUAUCACAAACCUCCAAGCAAAAUUCCAGCCUUUUUGAAUGUAGUUGAUAUUGCUGGCCUUGUGAAAGGAGCUCAUGCUGGACAAGGGCUAGGAAAUGCCUUUUUGUCCCACAUAAGUGCCUGCGAUGGAAUCUUUCAUCUAAUGCGAUCAUUUGAAGAUGAUGACAUUACUCACAUCGAAGGAAGUGUAGAUCCUGUUCGAGAUAUAGAAAUAAUACAUGAAGAGCUUCGACUUAAAGAUGAGGAAAUGAUAAUGCCCAUAAUAGAUAAACUAGAAAAGGUGGCUGUGAGAGGAGGAGACAAGAAAUUAAAACCUGAAUAUGACAUAAUGUGCAAAAUAAAAACUUGGGUUAUAGAUGAAAAGAAACCUGUACGCUUCUAUCAUGAUUGGAAUGACAAAGAGAUUGAAGUGUUGAAUAAACACUUGUUUCUGACUUCAAAACCAAUGAUCUACUUGGUUAACCUUUCAGAAAAGGACUACAUUAGAAAAAAAAACAAAUGGUUGAUAAAAAUUAAAGAGUGGGUAGACAAGCAUGACCCAGGUGCCUUGGUCAUUCCUUUUAGUGGGGCCUUGGAACUCAAGUUGCAAGAAAUGAGCGCUGAGGAGAAACAGAAGUAUCUGGAAGAGAACAUGACACAAAGUGCUUUGCCAAAGAUCAUUAAGGCUGGCUAUGCAGCACUCCAACUAGAAUACUUUUUCACUGCAGGCCCAGAUGAAGUACGUGCAUGGACCAUCAGGAAAGGGACGAAGGCUCCUCAGGCAGCAGGAAAGAUUCACACUGAUUUUGAAAAGGGAUUCAUUAUGGCUGAAGUAAUGAAAUAUGAAGAUUUUAAAGAGGAAGGUUCAGAAAAUGCUGUCAAGGCUGCUGGGAAAUACAGACAACAAGGUAGAAAUUACAUAGUUGAAGAUGGAGAUAUUAUCUUCUUUAAAUUUAAUACACCUCAACAACCUAAGAAGAAAUGAAUUUUAAAUAUUGCUCAUUGCUCAGAAAUAAACAAUGCUAUUUCAAAGAGUCAUAUGAAUUUUUAUUUUGGUAAAAAUAAUUGAAAAACAAAGACACAAAUUCACUUAGGGAAAAAAAAUCUUUCUCCAAAUGAAAUCACUCUUACUUGUUUAAAAUUAAAAUGUGGUACCUCCAGUGAACAUGCAAGUUCACUAAAUGUGAACAGCUUUGCUUUUCAAAUGAUUAAGACCCUCUUCCAAAUUGUAGAAGCUUUUCAGGAACCAUAUUACUCUCAUGAUACUUCAUUAAUCUCCAUCAUGUAUGCCAAACCUGACACAUUUGACAGUGAGGACAAUGUGGCUUGCUCCUUUUUGAAUCUACAGAUAAUGCAUGUUUUACAGUACUCCAGAUGUCUACACUCAAUAAAACAUUUGACAAACCCA